CUAUUAGGCUACACGAGGAAUUCAAAUAUGGUUGCUUAUAUAGUAGCUGGUAUUAAAAAGUAUCUGACUAGUACAUCUUUGCAUGCAUCUCCUGAAUGGGUUGAAGGCUGUGUGGAGUUUUUUAUUUCAGAACAUCAAAGUCAAGGGUAUACAGUAUCAGCCUUGGAGGACUUUGUACUUCAGCAAUGGAAACUAGCUGAUCUUAGGGAAAUAGGACAAGGCUGUCUCCCACACAACAUUAGUAGCAUCAUGAAGAUAAUUCUUCCAGGAAAAUAUGCCUUACAGGUUGAGCAAGUACAAAACGUGGGGCAACCUGCUUAUGCACAAUUACAAGACAUUCGUAAACAAACGUGUGAAAAUGAAACAGUUGGUGCAACAUUGUCUCAGUCUUGGGAGCCUUGUCCAACUCGCAUGCUUCAGUUAACAUUAUGUGAUGGGAUACAAAGUAUUAAAGGAAUUGAAUACAGGCCAAUCAUGUCACUUAAUGAGCAGAUUCUUCCAGGAUAUAAGGUGCUUGUUAUUGGCCCAGUUGAAUGUCGAAGAGGAGUUCUUCUGCUUGAGCAGCAUAAUUUGGAAAUUCUUGGUGGAGAGGUUGAUUCUUUACUUGUACCAAAUGCCAUUGAGAAUGUUCUGGCAAGACUACUGAAUUUGCCACAGAAUCCAGACCCAUAUAGGGUAGAAACAGAUGUGAGCGUGGGGCCACAGGAACCUACUACAACAAGGAAUGUUUUUGUACAGCCACCACCUAUUCAGCCAAAUCCUACUGGAAGUUUAAGAACACAAGUGGUUUCUGCUCCAGUUCAAAACAUAAUUCACAAACCAUCUUCAUCCAGGAUUAAUAUUAAUCAGGUAUCAAAGGGAAAUCCUGAUAGAAGUAUAGAAGAGGAGUUAUUGUGUGAAGAUGAUUUGAUGCUAGAAGCAGAGAUGGAUGCCCAGCUGUCAGUCUUGGAACGUGAAUAUCAGGAGGAGAUGGAGAACUCUCUGCAUAAUACUGAUAUUGAAACUGAACAGGGAUUUCUUGGAGAUGUCCAAGCAGAGAGCUCUGAAAACAUUGAGUUUGAAUCAUUGCAUCAUCAGAAGGUUCCUACACAACUUGAGACACCAUCCUACUCUCCAGAGAAAGAACUGAUGGCAAACAGCAACACAAUACACCUUUUGGAAGAUGAUGAUGAUGAUGACAUCCUGUUACAGAUGUCGUUGGAUGCAUUAGAUGAGCCCAAAGUAGAGAGAAAAUUGCAGAGAGAUCAGUCAACUAGUUCCAGGCUGGUUAGGAAGCAAGAUCAUUGGUCUGGGCAUCAAACAAAAGCUCUGUCAGCUGGGCAGUGUAGCAGAGUUUCAACACAAAUUGUUAAGUCCCAAGCCCAUAGCAUCACCACUCAGAGUAAAAUAACUUCAUUUCUUAAAAGCAGUAUCAAAACUGCUGAUUCAGGUGGUUCAUCACAUAGAUGCGGCAAUUCAUCUGAAACUGACAGAGCAGCGCAACUGUCAUGUUCAAAGCAAAUUUUUCCAAAUCUUGGUUUAAAUAUCACACAUGAUUGUAAUGAGAACUUACAGACAAAGUCAGACAAGAAGCCAAUUCAACCAAAGGUUUAUGGAAACGAUGUUACCAGCACAGUACCAAUAUUAACAGAUAGUAAACCAUUUGUGUAUUUGAGUCAGGUGAAAACUCCGGUGAAGAGUCGAACUGUGUUUACAGUGAAGGGAUUUGUGAUGACGUUAUUGUCUCAAAUGACAUUUGGAAAAGAUGGAUGGCACUUACUUGUGAAAGUGUGUGAUGGUUCCAGCAAUUUGGAUGUCAGAUUAUCUUCAGAUGUUUUGGAGAAACUUAUGAGUUUUAGUAGAGCUGAGAUGCUGGCCAUGAAACAAGAAAUUCCAGAUAAUCCUGUACUCAAAGAAAAGCUGAGAAAUAUUCUACAAAAUGCGCAACAACAGCUGAUUCAUUUGAACUGCCUUCUAGAUAUAGAGUUCCUGCCAGAAUCAGAAAUCCCAUGUGUUAUUGAACUGACAACAAUAACAGAAGAGCACCUCCAAGCUCUUCAGGCUAGGACUGGCAGAAACUCCGUGAAGAACACCGCAUUGUUGGUGCAUUAAUUGGUUGUUUGGCUCAUCUUCCUCGUCAGGAUGUGUUUCUGGGACUGCCUAUGGUUCUACUAUCUGAAGAAGUGACCCUGUUACUUGAACAAAAGGUUGCUCGUUUGGUAUGUUAUCCAUCUCUUCAGUGUGCUCC